AUGUGGAUUUCCACAUCCCGAUGGCUUCCUUGCCUCUACGGGCUCGUGUUCGCCGUGGGUGCGUUAGCCGCCUCUGAUACCGACCCCGAUUUCAAAAGUGUACGGACAAAGUUCGUCAAGGACUAUAGCGGCACAGGUCCAAGUGAACCCGCGACAGAGAAAUAUUUUCACGAGUCUAGUUUCCACUAUCACUAUGAUGGACGGUUCGCCGAUGAAGAGCUUUCGGAGGAAGAGACGCUGCCACACCUAUCACAACUCAUUCGAACAUACCUGUCAACCAUGGCCGAUCUGGGUGCUGAAACAUGGAUAAUGCACGGAACUCUUCUGGCGUGGUGGUGGAACCAAAAGAUCUUUCCAUGGGACAAUGAUAUCGACGUCCAGAUUUCGGAGCCGACCAUCCAUUUCCUUGAUGAGUAUUACAAUAUGACCGAGCACCAUUUCGAUAUUCCAGGCGUCGAGGGCGGGCGGACCUAUUUACUCGAGAUCAACCCGAACUACGUUUUCCGUUCCGUCGAAGACAAAAAGAACGUGAUUGAUGCACGGUGGAUUGAUACCUCGUCGGGACUGUUUAUCGAUAUUACCGCAGUACGUCCGGAUGAUGCUAAGAGAAAGAAGGGCGAUACCGGAGCUUUAAUGUGCAAAGACAAACAUCAUUUCGAUGAAAAUGAUAUAUUUCCGCUCCGGAAUAGUCGCUUUGAAGAUUUCCCGGUUAAGAUUCCGUUCGAAUACGUCAAGCUCCUUGAGGAGGAAUACGGAUCCAAGGCCUUAACGGCCACGGAUUUCCAAGAUCACCAUUUCAAUGAGGAAACUCUAGUUUGGGACCCAGUUUCGUAA